AUGGCCUGGUCCCAAGUCUCGGCGACCCGCUGGGAACGAGCUCUAACCGGGAUGGAAGAGUACUUCGUCUUCAUCGGCGACAUCACCGCAGCGCAGUACGACGGCCGCCAGCAAUACACCGUCUGCUCCAAGGUAAAAGUCGACCUCAACAUCCCCAACCCCGAAUCCGCCCUUCGACACGCCUGGAAACAAGUCCGGCACGAAGAGCCAGAUAUCGCAACAACCCUUGAGCCAGGCAAGAAGGUCUACGAUGUCCUCAACGACGCCGAGAUCGAGGAGAACUGGCUCGCUUCGACUUUCAUUGUUGAUUACACCCACGACGGCGAAGAACUGUACCGGCUCGGCCGCAAAUCGAAGCCCGCGACGCUGUACUACCUCCCGAAAUCGUCGGAGCUUGUCCUCCACGCUCACCAUGCCACCAUUGACGGUAUCGGCAUGAUCAUGUUCUGGCACCGCUUCUUCCGCGCUGUAUCGAGUCCAAACCACAACAUCACUUUCGGUGCCGAGCACGUCCGUCUCGCGCCUUCACUAGACAUUGUCCUACCACCAGGCUCAGGUUUAGACAACCCAACCCCUGAACAGAAAGAGAAAGGAACAGCCCUACUGAUGAAAUACAUCCACAAUCUCCCCGCCAUCGGGCUCCCCUCCAAACUCGGCAAAGUACCCGCCGGCGCAUGCCAGGCAAUGGAGUACAUCUUCGACGAGCACACCACGGCGGCGCUAAUCAGGGCUUGUAAAGCGCGCGGGCUCACAGUGACUUCUGCCGUGCAUGCUGCUUACAUUGCCAUUCUGCGCGAAUACGCGGACCCGCAGGAGUCGAACACGGAGCGGUAUACAUCGCCGACGGAGUUUAAUCUGCGCGGAUUCCUGGAGCAGCCGUAUUGCGGUGUUGCGGCGGCGAAUUAUUAUAUCACGUUUCCGUUUACGAUGGAUUUGGGGAAGCUACCAGGUGAUGGCGGUGGUGGUGGGUUUGAGGAGACUUGUGCAGUGCUGAAUAGGUACUACCGCUCGACGCUUCAAGAGAAUCCAGAGAUUCUGGAACUCCAGGGGUGCUUCACGCGUGCGCUUGAGCAGUGCGUGAAGACGCCGGAGUACCAGCAGGCGCCGAUUCCGACGGAUGCGUUGGUUAGUAGUCUUGGGGUUGUGGAGAAGCAUCUGCAGAGGUCUUAUGGAGAUGAAGAGGAGGUGGUUGUUAGGGAUUGGAAGCUUGCCUGUGAUGUUAUUCUUGGGAUGUCCGCGUUUCAUAUCUAUACGUUUCGCGGGACGCUGAGGCUUGUGUAUCAGUUUAAUGAGGCGUAUCAGGAUCCGAAGGAUAUCAGGAUGUAUUUGGAGGGCGUUGAUCGGGUUUUGAAGAGGGAGUUGUUGACUUAG